CGUCAUUGGGCAUAUAAAUAGGGGGUAGUCGUCAACCCAUUCAACGAUAUAGCUUGUUUUGGCUUUUCGGAUUGACCGUAGCAAAUCCUUCUGAGAGCAGUCCAGUUGCGACAGUGCCAUGGCACGUACCAAGCAGACCGCCCGUAAGUCCACCGGAGGCAAGGCUCCGCGAAAGCAGCUGGCCACCAAAGCGGCCAGGAAAAGCGCCCCCUCUACCGGUGGAGUGAAGAAGCCCCACAGAUACCGGCCAGGAACUGUGGCUCUGAGAGAGAUCCGUCGGUACCAGAAGUCCACUGAGUUGCUCAUCCGCAAGCUGCCCUUCCAGCGUCUUGUUCGUGAGAUCGCACAGGACUUCAAGACCGAUCUGCGUUUCCAGAGUGCAGCUAUUGGAGCCCUGCAGGAGGCCAGCGAGGCGUACCUGGUGGGUCUCUUUGAGGACACCAACCUCUGCGCCAUCCAUGCCAAGCGCGUGACCAUCAUGCCCAAGGACAUCCAGCUGGCACGGCGAAUCAGAGGGGAGCGUGCUUAAGAACACUCUUACUUGUACUCCAGUUUUUUCUCUAAAUGGGUGAUGUGGGUGGGGUGGGGGUGGGUAGGCAUAUGGGGUAAGUCUUUAAAUCUGAACUACAAAUGCUUGUUGUAGUUUUUUUGCGUUUUAAUUUUUUGUAAUGUUUGGUAGAAAGGGUAGGGGGACGGGGGAACUUGUGGGUAUAUAUAAAUAUAUUUUUCAGUUCUACAAGUAGGCAGCAUUGUGCAGAACAUUCCUAAAGUUCCUCUCAGGAUUUUACACUUUCUAUUUUAGACUUUUGGUAUACUUCUGGUAGCGUAGUCUGCAUGAAUUAGGGUGAACUAGAUGUCUUAUUUUUUAUUUUUUUUCCUCCAUUGUGGCCAUUUGGUUGUAAAUAAACGUUCCACUACCUCA